AUGGCUUCCCUCCGCAUUGUAGCGGUUAUUAGUUCGACGGCCAUUCGACUCGGGGCCUUCGUCUUUCUGAGAUGGAUCCCUGGUCCUCCAUUUGGUCCGCUCAUUUUUACUUUGCUGGCCGUUUAUCUAUCAUCGCUGUUCUCGAUAAUUAAAGAUGAACAGUCUGAGGAGAUUCAGACAGAAAAAGGCAGCUCACGCCCAUCCAGUGAGGCUACACCUCUCCUCUCCAUGGAUUCCUUCUCUAAUGAUAAAAUCGCCAUAGAAAAAAAGACAGCACACGCUUCGGCUAAAUCGGCUGACUCCGUGCUGAGGACAUUGCUAACCGGGGUGCCAUCCGCCAGAUCUCCGCUUUGGACGUGGACGACUGUCAUAUUCAACGUGGUCUUGGCAUUGUUGACUCUUGAUUUCCUAGUCAGAGGCUUUGUGCUUUACCCGACUACAUAUGCUAAGUUUUCUCGGAUUGGAUAUGUCUCCCCGACCACAGCAAACCUGGUCUUUCGAGAGCCAGAUUUGGCACAAUUGCCAGUGGUGGUCUCAUAUCAAGAUUAUACCACCCAAAUGCCCGAAAUAUGGGUGAAAGAGGGUAUUAUCUACAAGCUGGAUGAAAGCACAGACUUCACUGCCGCAGUAACCUUGACAAAUUUGAAGCCAUCGACACACUACCGAUAUGCGCUAUCCAACAACCAGUCGGGGACAUUCCUCACGGCACCAAGACCUGGAUCACCAGAAUCAAGUCGGCUCUCAUUUGUCACAUCAAGCUGCAUCAAGCCCAACUUCCCCUACAACUUACUCCGACAUCCACUACGAGUCCCAGGCAUCGAGAAGAUGACAGAAGCUUUGGCAAAAUUACCAACUCUACUUCGCCCAUCAUUUAUGUUAUUCCUAGGCGAUUUCAUCUACAUCGAUGUACCACUACGCUUUGGGUUAUCCAUGUCUCACUAUCGCAGCGAGUAUAGAAGGAUAUACUCAUCGCCAUCAUGGAAAUCCGGCCCACCAGAAGACCAGGCGAUCGACUUACCCUGGAUCCAUACACUUGACGACCACGAAAUCCAAAACGACUGGGCCAAAGGAAACAGAACAGCCCCAUACCCAGCUGCUGCAGACCCCUUUAUACAUUACCACGUAAAAGGCAACCCACCGGUUCCAAAAUCACCAUUCGCACCUUCCGACAACGUAACCUAUUUCGCCUUCAACCACGGUCCAGCCUCAUUCUUCAUGCUAGACACAAGAACAUACCGCACAGAGCCGUCCCACGAAGAUUCCACUAUCCUCGGCUACGCCCAGCUCCAAUCCCUUCUAACCUACAUCUCGACCCCAGAGCCGGCAGGAACACACUGGAAAAUAAUAUCCUCCAGCGUCCCCUUCACAAAGAACUGGCACGUAGGAACCGCAGACACAUGGGGUGGAUUCGCCCACGAGCGAAGCAAAGUCUUCGACGCAAUAUGGCACGCUGAGCGCACUCUCAACAUCCGAAUCAUCCUGCUCAGCGGAGAUCGACACGAAUUUGCCGCAACCCGAUUCCCAGACCCAGCACUCAACCUCCCCGCCUCCAGCCUCCAGCCUGAUACACCAGGUAUGGGCGUGCACGAGUUCAGCGUUGGUCCGUUGAGCAUGUUUUACCUCCCCGUUCGGACGUAUCGUCAAACGGACUCCGAGGAUGUGACGGUGAAGUAUGUGCCAGAGGGAAAUAGCAAGUUCGGGCUUAUUGAUAUUGCGGAGGGGGUGGAAGAUCUGGAACCUGGUUCUACGGCGCCGGUGCCGGUGCGCAGUUCUGUCUUUACUUAUUCGCUCUAUGUUGAUGGGACUGUUGUUUGGAAGUAUCGCCUUUUUGUGCCAUUGGUCCCGGGUGAGAACGAUCGUGCUCUGGCUUCUUUGUCGGACUAUGAGAGGGCUUUGAGACUGCCUCCUGGUCGUGUUGUUGAGGAUCAUAUUAGGGAGCAUUGGGGGCAUGUUGUUGGCGGUGCUCUUGGGAGGAUCCCAGAUCUUGCUAAGUCUUUUGUUGAGAUGGGGACUGCUUUAUAUCAUGAUUUUGCAGACCGCGUUCAGCAGAUUUAA